AUGUUGCUAAUCUUAGAAAACAAUGACAAAUUGAGUGAUCCUGACCAAUAUGAUAGUUUGGUCCGAGCGGAAAUACCAUGUAAAGAAACAGAACCACACUUACAUGAGGCAGUGCUAAGGCAUAUGGUCCAUGGUCCUUGCGGAACACUAAAUCAAUCUUCAACAUGCAUGAAGAACGGUCAAUGUAAACGCAACUACCCAAAAGAGUUCAUACCAGAGACACGACGAGGUGAUGACUCAUAUCCUCAAUAUAGGAGGCGAUUUGAUACUCCAAUUCAUAUCAACCAAAAUGUCACAAUUGACAAUAGAUGGGUGGUUCCGUACAACCCUUGGCUACUACUGAAGUAUGAUUGCCAUAUCAAUGUAGAGAUAUGUAGCAGUAUCAAGAGCAUAAAAUAUCUAUACAAGUAUUGCUAUAAGGGACCAGACCGUGUGGCAAUGGAGGUUCACAAAAGUUCUCAUUAUGAUGAGGUGCAACAAUUUAUUGAUGCAAGAUGGAUUGCCGCUCCAGAGGCAUGCUGGAGGAUAUUUCGAUUCAACCUUUACCGAAUGUACCCAUCAGUUGAGAGGUUGCAAGUUCAUUUGCCAAAUCAACAUCAAGUGAGCUUUUAUGAGUACCAAACUAUUUCUGAAAUAGUUAAUAAUGACUAUUUCUCAAGAACAAUGCUCACUGAAUUCUUUGCACUUAAUCGGGCCGAUGACCAACAAUCUAGACAUCUUUUGUACAGGAAAAUUCCAGAAUAUUACAGUUGGCACAGCAAGGAAAAAGAAUGGCGUCAACGUAGGUCACAAAAGAGAGCUAUCGGUCGGAUCUAUACCAUUUCGCCAACAGAAGGUGAAAAAUUCUAUUUGCGUAUUCUCUUGUCAAAUGUAAGAGGCCCAACUGGUUGGGAUGAUUUGCUAACGGUCGAUGGUGUCCAAUAUUCGUCCUUUAAGCAAUCCGCUCAGCAUCGAGGACUGUUGGAGAGUGAUAGUAGUAUAAGAUCAUGUUUGGUUGAGGCAUCCAUUUUGAGAAUGCCAUGUGCUUUAAGAAGGUUGUUUGCCACCAUUCUAAUUUUUUGUGAGCCAACAGAUGUAAGAAGUCUGUGGGACGAGUUUCUUUCAUGUAUGGUGGAUGAUUACGCAUCAACAAGCACUACAACCUGCAAUGGGUUGACAAAUCGUUUGCUUAGGGAUUUAAAUGACAUCCUCCUACAACAUGGAAAACAUAUUGCACAAUACGAUUUACCAGCUCUAACCUCGGACAACGACAAUGACAACUUCAUGCCUAGAAUUAUUCAAGAAGAAAUGUCCAUCGAAAUUCCUCAAGAAGACCUGUGUUCUAUAGAAAGAUUGAAUCAUGACCAGUCUGCAGCUUUCAGGUGCAUUAUGAAUACAAUUGAUCGAAGAGAAAGUGGAGUGUUCUUCGUGGAUGGACCAGGAGGAGCAGGUAAGACAUUUCUUUACAGAGCUAUAAUUGCAGAUUUAAGAAGUAAAGGGCAUAUUGCCUUGGUAACUGCGUCCUCAGGAAUAGCUGCAACUUUACUGCCUGGUGGUCGAACAGCUCAUUCUAGAUUUAAGAUCCCAAUCAAUGCAGAGCCAUCCUCCACGUGCAAUAUAAGUAAACAAUCUGAUCUUGCAAAACUGAUUAGGCAGACGACCGCGAUAAUUUGGGAUGAAGCGCCAAUGACUAAUAAAGAGACAAUGGAAUCACUGGACCACACAUUACGAGACAUCUUAGAAAACAAUAAUCCAUUUGGAGGGAAGGUGAUGGUUAUGGGAGGGGAUUUUUGCCAAGUACUACCUGUUGUGCCGAAAGGAAGUAAGUCGCAAAUGAUUUCAGCUUCUAUUGUUAAAUCACAUUUGUGGGCAUUCACCAAAAUUCUCCACCUGCGACAGAAUAUGCGAUCCCUUAAUGAUCGUGAUUUUGCGGAGUAUCUUAUGCGCAUAGGGGAUGGGAUUGAGCCUACCAUAUGUGAAGACUUGGUACAAAUAGAAGUAGGCAUGGCAAUACCAUGGGAAGGUGAGGCAUCAUUACACAAAUUAAUAGAAGAAACCUUUCCAAAUUUGCAAUCUCAUGGGUGGGAUGCAUCUUAUAUGGUGGAGAGAGCGAUAUUGACACCCAAGAAUCAUGAUGUGCAACAGCUUAAUGAUAUAGUCAUCAACCAAUUUCUAGGAGACGAACGAAUUUUAGCAUCCUUUGAUGAAGUAGAAGGAGAUACAAAUAAUCUGUAUCAACAAGAAUAUCUUAACUCGAUCUCCACAGGUGGAUUGCCACCUCAUAUGUUGAAGGUAAAAAAAGGUGCUCCUCUGAUGUUACUGAGAAACAUAGAUCCUAAGGCAGGCUUAUGCAAUGGCACAAGGCUACUGUGUCGAGGAACUUUUCAAAAUAUGUUAGACGUGGAAAUCUUAACAGGCCAUCACUCUGGAAAAAGAGCUUUUUUGCCUCGGAUAAAACACAAAACAACUGAGAACUCAGGACUACCCUUUGUGCUUAUUAGAAAACAAUUUCCUGUAAGGUUGAGUUUUGCCUUAACGAUAAAUAAAUCACAAGGGCAAACUAUCCCUAAGGUAGGGAUCUAUCUCCCUAAACAUGUGUUUAGCCAUGGUCAAUUAUAUGUUGCUCUAUCUCGAAGUGUUUCUCAGUCAACCACAAAAAUCUUAGUCAAAGAAGGAACAGUAGAUGGAAAAAGGGGACAAUUCACAAAGAAUGUGGUGUUCAAAGAAAUUUUGUUACUUGCACCUCAGGAAACAGGAUUUCAAUCGUUAUGGAAUACAUGGAAGGAUGAGCAAUCAAUGAGACCAAUCGACAAUAAAGUUCAUCCAAUCAAAAUUUAUUCUAUUGGUUGGGGAGGUACAGUUAAAGCAGACAAAACUCAACUAUGGAAGAUGGUAAAAAGGAAAAUAUUGGAACAAAAAAAUAAAAGCCAUGAACUUAGAAGAACACAAUUAACUCAUUUCGAACCAAAACAAUAUCAUUGCAGAAAGUUCAAUGCAAAACAAGAUGUCACAAUUCUACAGUUUUUCAAGAUGCAAGAAGUUAUUGACAAAGAGAUAUAUGAUGAAUUACGAAGGAUUUUUUCCAGGAAAAUGCAGGUCUCUCCAGAUUCAGAAUCAUAUUUUGGCCUACCACUUAAAAAAGAAGAAGACAAACAUGAAUAUCCAUGA